AUGCACACCCAUCAUAGCCAUUCAGGUCAAUACGUUCAACAUGCAAAGGACACCCUUGAAGAAGUCGUUGCAGCCGCUGAAGCCCGGCAUUUUGAUGUUUUCUGUCUCACAGAACACAUGCCUCGUUAUGAUCCAUCUGCACUAUACCCUGAGGAACUUGAAAGCAAAACUACUCCUGCAGAUCUUGUUUUGACAUUUGAACAAUAUUAUAUCCAUGCCAAAGCCAUUCAAGAAAAAACAAAUAAGAGAAGACAAGAACAAAUAGAAAAGGGCCAAAAUAAAGGAGAACAGAGAAUCCCUCAAAUACUAGUUGGAUUUGAGUGUGAAGCCCUCUCAGAUGCUUACCUCGAACAUGUCUCUAAUCUACGAGCUACACACCAGUUUGAUUUAUUUGUAGGGUCAGUACACCAUGUCCAUGGUGUUCCCAUUGAUUUUGACGAGCCAUUGUGGCUCAAGGCUGCCAAAAUUUCAUCUCCUGAAGGUUCUCUUGAAGAUUCCGCUCGUGCUCUUUUUAACGAUUACUUUGAUCUCCAGUAUAAAUUAUUUAUUGCAACAACCCCUCCAGUUAUUGGUCAUUUCGAUCUCAUCCGCCUCUUUUGUCCAGUAAAACAAGCUUCUCCAGAAACUUUACAAACCUCAUGGCCAGAUGUUUGGGGGAAAAUCGUACGCAAUGUUAAAUAUGCUGCCGCCUACGGUGCACUUUUCGAACUCAACUCAGCUGCUGUCAGAAAAGGUUGGCCUACGCCAUAUCCAGGCCCAGAUAUCGGAAAACUUAUUCUUGAAAAUAAGGGCAAGUUUUGUUUAUCUGAUGACUCCCAUGGAAUUGCUCAAGUCGGCCUUAAUUAUCACAAAUCUCUCGAAUAUCUCCAAGAUUUAGGUGCGGAAAACCUUCAUUACCUGGCACUUGAUGACUCUGAUCUUUCCAAGCCUGCUUCUGUUCAUUCAAUUCCAGUAUCAUCUCUUCCAAAUGAUAUUUUUUUUAAAAGCUUAUAA